AUGUCCUCCUCGAAUACGACCAACCACCACCCUCCCUCCUCCUCCUCUGCAGACCUCACAUCUCAAACAAAUUCAAACGUCCAACUCGAUCCGAACAGUGGCUACACUCCCAGCGACAAUCAGCUUGCUGGCUUGGUGGAAGCAGCGACUGCAGCUGCAGGUCAAGAUGUCUCUCCACAAUGGGCCGCAGCAGUUGCGACUGCUGCCGGAGUAGCAGGCCAUCACCAACUGGAUGGGUACAGUACAGAUAUGCAUCUUGGCGACGACGGGUUCGGCGAUACGAACUUUGGCGCGGGAAUAGGAGGCGGCCGACACCUGCGGGUACAAAAUGAACAUUCCCAAGGAUCUGGACUAUCUCGCACCGUUUCAAAGAAACGCAAGCGAAAUGACGAUAACCUCGACCCUGCGCUGGCUGGGGCUGGGCUUUCCGGAGCACAGCAUCAGCUUUCUCAACAAUCUCAGCAAGGCCAGCAUGCGUAUGCUGGCGACAACAUUGAUAUUCGUGUUGUCCCCCCGCAGUCACUCUCUGAAGCUCGUGCAGUUGGUGUGCACUCCGCCGCGGCCCUGUUCCGCCAACCGUCGAGCAACAAAAAGUACACCCGUCCGCCAAUGUCGAAGCUAUUUUCCUCGCUAGAACUGUCACCCGAAAACUUCUUGCAUCUCCAAGCUGCGGCCAAAGGAUUCAUGUUGGACGAUGAUUAUCCUGAGCGGCGUGACUGUGUUGGCCAGCGCGGAAAGGGAGAUACCGAAAUGGUCAAGCUGCGACUCUGGAAUUGCGUUCGGCAAUUCCUUGAUGACGAGGGCAAUGGUGAGCGUUUCUUCGGAGAGAACGUCGUGAAUGAGGGGAUGGGCCCGAGGACAUAUAUCUGGCCCCGCGACCAGCAGAAGAUCAUCUCUUUGGUCAUUCCUCUUUUGCGCCGCAUGGUUACCAAUGAACGACAGCGUCAGUAUGCGAUUGAAACACGCAAGGGAGGAGGCACAGAAGAGCGCCGACGCCGCAAAACCAACGAGAGUUUCCAGGAUCUCGAUGGCCCUCGCUAUUCUCCAGAGGAGCAGCUCCAACAGAUGCAUAAUCAGAACCAGUCAAUGCCCCCACCUCCGCCUCCGCCUCCCGGGCAGGCGCCAAUUGAAUCCGGGCAGAUCAUGGAUAUCGGGCUGGUUGACCUGCUCUUGGACGGAUACACAGUGGACUGGAACGACAUGGCCAAGUCGUACGAUAUGUAUAACCAAGACUAUGAACUGGAUAAUCUUUGGUCUCUCUCUGGCCUUCAGCAGCCCGACUGGCGUGGGUUGGUCGCGGCUGUGGAUAGCCAUUAUCACGUCGUCCACAACGGUGACUACCAUUGUCUGCCUGGCUGUGAGGACCAGAAUGUCAACCGUAUUGUUCAUGCUGAUUCUACGGCAAGUCUACCGUGGCGUAUUGGAGGAACUCGCAACCCUCCUGCGCGGGAUGAAUUCGCCAGCAGUAUCGCACGCGAUGUUUCGCGAAUUAUCCGCGAGAACAUUGCUACCAGGCAAGGUGCUCACACGGGCCCUCAAGCACAAGCCGGAGCCGACCAACCUUUCCAUCCCCAGCCUUUUGUCCCAGUCCAUGACGCGAAGUCCCACAUGGCUGCUGCAAAUAUCCCUCCUUCUCACUCCAGUCCCCACACUCAAAUCUACCUCCGUAUCAACGUGCUUCAGCAUGGUAAGCGCAUUCUUCCUCGAUUCGACCUACAAGCAGGCCAAUGCCCCAAUGUCGACACGAUCAAGGAUUCAGUCCUUCGCCGCUAUCAUGGCCAAAUUCCUGGCAUUUCUCUCGUUCAAGGGUCAGAUAGUAUUGAUCAGCAGAUUCGAGAUUCGGCUGCUGCAUCCAGCUGGAAGGUCAAGGCGUUAGUGCCGGAUGGCCUAAUCACGAUACAGACUGAGAAAGACUGGGCUUUCGCUCUGCUGUCUGCAGAUACAGUGGACUGGAUGGAUGGUGAUUUGAAGAUUCUUGUCGAACUUGAAGGUGGUAAUACCCAGUAG